CAGUUGACCGUAGCGACUCGGGCGGUAGGAGCGGGUCGGUCUGACAGAGUGACCAUGUUGGCGAGGCUCAUGGCGCUGGCGCUCCGCGGCGGCGAGCACGGCGGGCGCCGCGCCUGCUACGGCAUCGCGGCGACAUGCGCGUGGCUGCUCCUCUUCUGCGUGCUCGCCGUCGCCCUCCGCUGCGCCUGGAAGGCCUUCGCGUUCGCCAGCCUCGCGCUGGUGGCCUUCGGCGCCGUCGACCACUUCGCGCCCGACACCUGGUGCGGCGGCGCGCCAAGCGACGGCGCGGGCGCGCCGGAGCGAGACCAGUCCAGGGCGGCCGCGGCGGCUACGGCCCGGCGGUUCGGGCUCGGGCGCGCCGCGAUCGACGCCCUGCCCACGUUCGCGUACGGCGACGACGGUGGCGACGUCGACCUUGAGUCGGGGGGUGACACCGCGUGCUCGGUGUGCCUCGAGGACCUGCGGGCCGGCGAGACGGUGCGGCGGCUCUCGGCGUGCAUGCACGUGUUCCAUGUGGAGUGCAUCGACAUGUGGCUGCACUCGCACCGGAGCUGCCCUCUCUGCCGGUGCGACCUCUCGCCGCCACGGAAGGUUGUUACCAAAGCACCGGCGGUGGAGAAUGGAACGCUUGCUGAGGAUGAAUUGCCUGCGGUGGCGGCGACGGUGGCAGAGACGGGACCGCUGGCUGAUGAUCAUGAUGCUUCGCCGCCGGUGGUGACAGGGGAGACGAAACCGCCUGCUGGUGCUUCGCCGACGGUGUAGAUCAUGUGUAUAAGUUUUUUUAGGCUAGAAAAUGUCGUUUCUCUGCACGACACCCAUACACACAGUAGGAUCGUCCCUCUUUCGUGUUGUAAAUCUUGUGCAUUCCUCUGUAUUCCGCCUGUAUAUAGAUGCUGAGACUUG